ACCUGCAGGCGCGCAGACGGCUCGAAGGACGCUGCGUGCUCUGACGGGGAGACUGGAGGCGGGGAUGUGACGGCGAGAGAGAGAGCUGCGACCAGCGCCAUGACGGCGGCGGCGAUGCUGGCGGCGGCGGCGCUGCUGGCGGCGGCCUACGCCGCCCCCGACCUCACCACGGACCUCUCCCGCCCCGCCACCCUGGAGACCUCCACCGAGGGGCGAGCCAACAAGAAGUUCGGGGACCGCUGCGACGAGGACGACGAGUGCAGCUUCGGCGGCGCCAUGUGCGACAAGGAGAAGAAGAUGUGCCAGUGCCUGCCCGAGCUGGACGUCACCGACCACGUGGACAAGUGCGGCAAAGCGGCGCUGGUGAACGAGGAGUGCAUCAUGAGCGAGCAGUGCGUGGUGACCCCGGGCACGGAGUGUGUGGACGGCUUCUGUCGCUGCUCCGGGGAGCUGCGGCCCGUGGCCAGCAAGGCGGGCGUGCUCGAGUGCAAGGUGCGCGGCUUGAAGCAGAUCGGCGACAAGUGCGUGGAGACGCAGGAGUGUGGCUUCGACUACGCCGUGUGCGACGCCAACAAGAAGUGCCGCUGCAUGCCCGACUAUCCCGUCACCAACCACUUCGACAAGUGCGGCAAAGAGAGGCGCAUCAACGAGUCCUGCGACUUCACGGAGCAGUGCGAGCAGGUCAACUACCAGACCCAGUGCCGCGACGGCCGCUGCAUGUGCCGCUUCGAGCUGACGCCCGUCCUCAAGCCGGACGGCUCGGUGGGCUGCGUGGCAUCCAACACUCAGGCGGACAACUCACGCUACAUUGACCCGGCCAUGAUCGGCGUGCUGGUGGGCAUGGCGCUCAUGUUCAUCAUCCUGUGUGUGGUGCUGCGGCUCUUCAGCAAGGCUCGCUGGCGGGAGAACCGCACCAUCUUCAACACGCCCAACCCUCGCCUCAUGAACGUGUCGCUGCUGAGGGACAGCAAGCUGCUGCACAGCGACCAGCGGCGCGGCAGUCGGUCCAGCGUGCGCGCGCCCAGCCGCCAGCCCAGCAUGGCGUCGCUGCGCCCGCACUCGCCCACCGCCUCGCAAGGCUCCCGGCGUGGCAGCAAGACAAGCAGCAACGCCUCUGCGACAUCAACACGGUCGCCCAAGUCACCGCUGCGGCACCCGGUCAACAGCACCGACGCGGCGCCCACGGUCGAGAAGGUCACCGUGGAGCGCAACGCCAAGGCCUGAGCGAAGAACUCGCGCACCACAAGAUCCAGCUGCGCCCCACCGACAACUACUGCUUUAGACUAGUCAGACUAUCGUUUCUCUUUCAUACUACAAUUCCUUUGCGUCUCUCCUCCUGCCCGCACCAGCCCUACGGCUGCUGCCGACACCCCUGCAACGCAACAUAACCUCACACUGUUCCGUUCACGAGCCAGCACAACUCUUGUUGGCUAGUGUCGCCUCGCCAGCCCACGCCCAAAAUGCUUGCCAGCACGUAUCUAGCUAUUUCCACAAGCCCCUCUCUCCGCACCUGCUGUGUGAAACAGCUCUCAGCAGUUAGUGUUUUGACAGUGUAGUAUGAAUCAGAUUCGAUUUGAGUUAGCUGUAAUGGUUUACUAGACGUUCAACUAAUGAGUGAUUAUCUAUAGGGACCAGCAAAACCAGUGUUAAAUCAAUUAAAGUUAAACCUCCGUACAAAUCAAGGAAGAAUUUGUAGAAAUGUAAGAGGAAGUAGUAGAGAAUCACUGCAAUCAGAUCUUGGUAGCCCCAUUAAGUUUGAUUAUUGUUGUCGAAAGUUUGACUUGAAAUGGUGUUCAUGACAGUUACAUUGAUCAUCAUGGAUAAUGUAAUUUUUUGAAGCUAUGUAGUGUGGAAGCUACAGUUAAUUUCCUUCUAUUAUUUGGUAACAGACAUUACAUGGAUUAAAACACCCACCUCUGAUCCGAUAAAUCAAAUGGAUGUUUGUGUUGCACCAACAACACAAGCUUACCAAUUGAAAGGGUUGUGAUAAUUACGUAUGACAUUCACACAGAGAAAAGUAAGAAAUACUAAUUAUGAUAGUAUAAUAGAUGCAUGAUAUCGUCCUAUCAAAAUAUAUGAACAUUAUUAGGCAAUGAGUGAAUUAAAAAUAAAAUAACUAUAUUGUCUUUUACACAGUUUGUUGAUUCCUGCACCAGAAAUUAUGGUUGUUACUCGAGAUUUAUUUCUACGUUUUCUUUAUACUGGAGUUUAAUGAGCACAACUAUUGUAAGAUUGCUAAAAAAUAGUUGUAUAACAUUUCUGCCAUUUAAUCCACCCUUACUAACAGUGUCGUUGGCCGUCAUUGUGUUAGAACGUGCUGUUUGCUCUUUUCUGCCUCUUAAAACUUGUGAUAAUGUAAUCUUAUAUAAGGAAACAAUGCAAAUAUAUACAUAUUUAUAUAAAUAUUAUAACACAAAAUAAAAUGCAUAGACUAAUAUAGGCUUUAAGCAUAGAUGAAACUGCUUUAUGAACUGUUAGGCAUUUGUAGAGUGGGUGAGUAGAUGAUGUAACCAUGCAAUUAUAACGAAUAACAAUGUCCACAUAUGACUGCAAACUUCGGUUCAGUUGAUAUAAUGCCAGUUUUGAAAUAAAAUUUGAUUUUUGUGACUCAGAUGUCUUGAGAUAUAACACAUAUGAUCAUGCACAGUAGGAGUAGAGUUAUAAAAUACCUCACUGCUUCAAACAAAGCAAGUUAGAGUAGUAAGUUUCAGCCAAUGGUUGACAACUGCCAACAGGAAAUUGGGGAAGGUUUCUUGUUGGCAUUUCUGUCAAACAAUAGUUUAUAGGAGGAGUGCUUUAAAUAAGAGUAGGCAGUUAACAUGAUGUGAGUACCGCUGUUAUGCUGUUGUAACACAUAGAACUAAAAGUAGAGUACAUAUAAACUGUAGCUGUGAUAAAGUAGCUAAAUACCUGCUCGGAAGACGAGGUGAGGAUAAAACGUUUUGAGACUUCUUUCCAUUCCUAAACUGUAGUGGAAAACAAUUCUUGUGGCUGGUAUGUACUUCAAUCUGCUCAAGUGUCAUUGAGAUAACUGUGGAUAUAGUACUAUUCAGCUGACACGAGAUAUCAAAUAAUGUGCGACCUAAGAACUAUGAUGAUUCAUCAUUUGUGUGCAACACAUGAGAUUUCUGUUGAACAUUAUUAUUAUUAUGACCUAGCAAUGAGACAAAUGAUUCUCUCAUAUGUUUUUAUUACCGAAUUCUUUGUAGUCAUUACUGCACUUACCAGUAGGUUGAUUCUCCGAGUGUUGAAAGAUUCUAAACCACAAUCAGUAUUUUUAAGUCUUAGAUUUGACUCUGGAACUGAACCACAGGGGAAGAGGUUCAUUUCCAUUGGUUCAAACUAAAAUGGCACAAUAAACUUCUGUCACCUUCUCUUCGUAGCAUUCUAGGAUUCUGUCGUCACAUUUGCACUGCAUUUUUACUAUACCUUACAUUAUUUAUACAAACAUACUAUUUACAAUAGAUGUUGAGCGCUUUUUUGAAAAUAAAGCUCAUAUAGAGUAGCUUAUUUCUAAGUAAUUUAUUAUAGGCAUUGAAUAGUUUAAAAUGUGUAUAUACUUGAAAAUAUUUGCAUUGGUGACUUUUUCUACCAUAUCUACGUAGAAUAGGUGAAUUAAGAAGUGGUACAUGAUGCUGAUCCAUUUUUUAAAUUGAUAAUAUUCUGAAUUGCUUCAGCUGAGCUGAACAUGAUCAGGUAUUUCUAUAAAGCCUAGCAACAUAGAUGAGAUGACAAACUUAUUACAAACUAUUUCCACACAAAAAAAAAAAAGUUAAAAAAAA